AUCCCAGCUCUGGCCGCACCGGGAGAGCCGGGCUCGCCGCCCCCUUGCUUCCUCCUCCUCCUCCUCCUCCUCCUCCUCCUGCGGCGCCCGGGCGGGGACGGGGCUCGGCAGGGGCCGCAGAAUUAGUCCCAGCACCGUGACUUUUCCACCAUGUCAGAACCCAUCACGCUCAAUGUUGGAGGAAAACUCUAUACCACCUCUCUGUCCACCCUGACUAGCUUUCCAGACUCCAUGCUGGGGGCCAUGUUUAGUGGGAAGAUGCCAACCAAGAAGGACAGCCAAGGCAACUGCUUUAUCGACAGAGAUGGCAAAAUCUUCCGCUAUAUCCUCAACUUCUUAAGAACUUCUCACUUGGACCUCCCUGAAGACUUUCAGGAAAUGGGCUUGCUUCGACGGGAGGUAGAUUUUUAUCAAAUUCAGCCUCUGAUUGAGGCCUUGCAGGAGAAGGAGGUGGAGCUUUCCAAAGCAGAGAAAAACGCCAUGCUUAACAUCACCCUCGAUCAGAAGACCCAGACCGUUCACUUCACCGUUCGAGAAGCGCCCCAGAUCUACAGCCUGUCCUCCUCCAACAUGGAAGUGUUCAGCGCUAAUAUCUUCUCCACUUCGUGUCUGUUCCUGAAGCUUCUCGGUUCCAAACUUUACUACUGCUUCAACGGAAACCUCUCUUCCAUAUCCAGCUACCUGCAGGACCCCAACCAUUUGACCUUAGAUUGGGUUGCAAGCGUGGAAGGCCUUCCCGAAGAGGAGUACACGCGGCAGAACUUAAAGAGACUCUGGGUGGUGCCGGAUAAUAAGCAAAUCAAUAGUUUCCAGGUGUUUGUGGAAGAAGUGCUCAAAAUAGCCCUGAGUGAUGGCUUCUGCAUAGAUUCUUCUCAUCCACACACUUCAGAUUUCAUGAAUAAUAAGAUUAUUCGCCUAAUUCGAUACAAGUAGGAAUGGCUGUUUAUGGUGGUGCCAGCGUGGAGAUAACACAGGUUAAGUGUUUCCCUUUAAAACACACUUACAGCCUAAUUCAGAAUCGUGCUUACCUGGAUUAAGAGUCACUAACAGGGAGAUGAUUUUCCUUUAAUGUAUUUACCGAUGCGAUCUUUCAGAAUAUGUCCAUAUUCUAAACAGAAGGAAUAUUGUCUAGCGCCUGAAUUAAGGAUUGGUUCUGUCUCUGCCUCCACUUCUAACCUGCUGUACAAUUGUGGGGAAAAUCACUUAACUUCUACCCUUACUACAUUUUCCAGUUGGAAAAUGGGAUGGUCCUUAACCUAUCCUGCAAGGGUGAUGAGAAUGUUCAGUAAUCAAGAUUUUGAAAGUAUUUGGAGAUCUGAUGCGGUGAAAUAAGCCAUGGAGCUACAGUCCAGUGGCCAGCCCUGGGGGGGCACAUUUUCCUUGUCUUACCAUGUCACCUGCAUGGAGCACGCAAGAAACUUGUUGGUUCCACAAAGAAGCCUCGCCACGUGGACACAUUCAAUAUAGCUGUAAAGGACAGUGCAAACUGCAAACAGGUAGGGGAUCCUGUCCUGUUGCCAUCUGAAGGUGACUCAUUUGUGGUUUUUCCUGAACCCUGGGACGAAGCCCCUGCUCUGUUCUGCUUUCAAGGAAGCCGUGUUUGAAUGAUGUGGCUGACACUGGGAAUGACCAAGAAAGCCGUAACAGAGAGAAUGAUGUUCUUACAAACUGAGAAGAUUGUGUCUGUUGGGGAACUUUGCUUUGGAUGCUCUUAGACCUUUACAUUCCAAAGUCAUCCAAGACCACUGGUCCUUUUCUUUCCCUUACAACGCUAUUGUUUGUCCUGAGGAUGCUCCUGAAAACUCUCAGUGGUGAAGACAUCAAGAGGGCAGAGGCCCCCAAAUAGAUUCUGAACGGUUGAACCUCUUCUGCCUGGACACGGCCUUCUUUUGGCCAUGUCUCCCUUGAGCAGUGCCGGGAGCACACGGGAUGGUCUCGAGGUAGGAUGGAUUCCAUCUGAAAGGACUAUUUUUGCAUCAUUACCCCUAGCAUUUAUAAUUACAAAUCUAGGGGCUCAGUUUUUCUGCCGCUGCACGUUGAGCCAUUUCUUACGUCCUUGUGAAACGGUCAGACUGCUAAGGCAGCAUUUUGCCUUCUUGCUUGGAUUUACUGUCCAGUUGUCAGAAAGAUUAGGCAGGAGGAAUACAGAGGUGAUGACGGUGGUCAAGUCCUUUCCUAAAAGCUUGGCCCGUGCUAUGAUGAUCAAAAUGAUGAUUAUUAGCUCUAGGCAUCAUUUGUGCCACGUUCAAGGUGGUUCAUUCUCAGCUAAUUAUGUUUAAAAAUAUCUUAGGUGUCCCUAACCAGAUUGCUACCAGUGUGCAUGAAAGACCCCCCCGAACAUUUCCCAUAACCUCUAAUGAAAUAGAAGGGAAAAUGCAAUAACCAACUUUUGCAUUUGUAAUUUUAUUCCUUCCAAAAGUUCUUGGUAGGGGGCUGCAGAGCUCGGUAUCGCUCAUGUUGUUGUUUCCCAAAGCAGCUGGUCUGUUGCUGUGUUAAGCUGACCCCUAAACAGCAUAAAGAAGCGUUUUGUACUGUUGUAAAAACAGUGAGAGAAAUAUAAUAAAUAAAACUUCUACUGUCCCAAGCUGUAAUUGCA